AUGGAUGAAAAGCGAUAUAUAAAGCGCAAAGAAAAGGCGCGCAUUGAUGGAAAUCGCGAACAACUGGCGGUAAGCUGCAACCAGCUGGGCGACUUCUAUAAUCAACUGGGAAAGUACAAUGAGGCGGCCAGAGAAUAUAAACAAGAAGCAACCAUAUACGCCAGCAUGGGCAAGGAGCUGGAGACGGCGAAGGCAAAACGCAUGCUAGGCGAAAUGUUCACGCUGCUGUGCGAAUACGACGCGGCCAAGGAUCACAUAAAUGACUAUUUAAAGAUUGCCAAAAGACUGCAGAACAAAGUGGAGCAGCAACGUGCCUAUGCCACGCUAGGGCGGGUCCAUCUACUGCACGGACAAAGCCUGUCCGACAGCACGGCCUCAGGUGCCAUGGAACAGUUGAAGCUGGCGGAAAAGAGUUUCCUGCGCAGUCUGUUGCUCGUCAAAGAGCUUUCAGGUCAGAUUUCGAAAUUAGAACAGUUGGACAUGCAAGCGCGCUGUUACCUAAAUAUCGGCGUUGUGAAAGAGCACAUGGAGGAAUUUGAGGCGUCAAUCGAGUACAUUGACAAAGCCAUUAAAAUCAGCAAAACUCACGACUUGUUCGAGCUGACCCACUUGUGCUACAUUUCGAUGAGUCUGCUUUACAAUUGCAAGAAGAACGACGCAGCGUCGGCGCUGCGCUACUGCAAUAUGGCGCUGCAAGUCGCCAAACGACUGCCGAAUAAGGUGAAGAAAAUCUGCGAGACACUUAUAACUAAAUCGGAAAUUCUGAUCCAUGCCGGAGACUUUGCAAGCGUUAAGCAAAUACUGACCAAGGCCUACAAGAAGCAUACGCCCGAUGAGAACGAUCGCGCCAGCAUUGAGCGCUCGUUGCGCGUGGUGGUAAAGAUAUGUCAAUGCCUUGAUGAGCUGGUGCUGACCAGUUCCGUCGACUAUGGCAAGCUAAAGGAUCUGUAUGAGAAACUUGGCGACGGCUGUUGCCAUCUCUUCAACUAUGAAAAGGCGAUCGUCUAUUAUCAGAAAAUGCUGGAGUGCGCCGAGCUGAAUGAGGAGCGCGGUAAAAGCCUGGUGCCCAUCUAUGUUAGCCUCUACCAGACAUACAAGGACAACAAGCAGUACGAUAAGGCCUUGGAAUAUUUGUGGAAGGAGUUUGAGCUAAAUCAGGAUGUGCCCGCAGAGGCAUUCACAACACUCUGCAGCAUUGCUGAAAUCUGUGAGCAGCAGGCACAGCCCUUCUGGACCGUUCAUGAUGUGUAUCAGAAAGCGCUACGACAGGCAGCCAAGGCAGAUGAAUCGGUGUCUACGAAGCUAGAGAAGAUUGCUCUGGUGCGUUUACACAAGCUUCAGCUAAAGCAUAAAAUGCAUGUGCUAGCUGAAAAUUUGGAGGCAGAGGCCAGCGCCAAGGGCAUUAAUCUGGCCGAGGAGACUGUCAAGCUGGAUGAGGAGGAUGAUGCCGAUGGCGACGUGCCUGCAGCGCUGCAACAAAACACACCCGACUGGGUUGACGAUAUUGAUUUGGAUGCACUCACCGAUUCCGAUGCCAGCGAUCUUGAUGAGACUGACAAGCCUCGCCCACAGCGCGUCACACGUGGCAAUCGUACGCUCACCAUUAAGCGAAACAACAAGGGCGAAACGCAGCUGCAUCAGGCCUGCAUAGCUGGCAACCUGGAGCUGGCACGCCGACUCAUUGAACAGGGCCACACAGUAAAUGUGCGCGAUCAUGCCGGCUGGCUGCCACUGCACGAGGCUUGCAAUCACGGCUAUCGUGAUAUUGUUGAGCUGCUGCUGGACAAGGGAGCCACAGUCGCAAUUAACGACAAGGGCGGCACGAGCUGUGAUGGCAUUACACCACUUUACGAUGCUUGUGCCAAUGGCUACCUGGAUGUGGCCGAGUUGCUGUUGGAGCGUGGAGCUGAUGCGACUGUGCGCACGGACUACAAUGAGACCUGCAUUGAGGGCUUGGACAAGUGGCGGACGUCGAAACAGCUGAUUGAGGGCGAACAGGCGCAAUAUACACAGCUACGCGAAAGCCUGCUACGUACUCUUUCUAAGGUUGGCAUUUGCAGCAUGCAGCAUGCGCGUCCCUUGACCAAUGCCAAUGCUCGGCCAGCUUCCAGUGCAUCGGCCUCAUCAGAAGCCGAAGAGGAAGAUGUUGAGCUGACGCCACGUUACAGACACGCCAUGCCCAUGCUUAACCGUUCCGCCAGCUCGGCCAGCAGCCCGCGUGCGCCAUCAAGCGCUAGCAAGGAAUACCGCAACGUGAUGGCGCAGCUGAAGCGUCCCAAUCGCACACCCGCCAAUUACGAUGAGCCGAGCAGCAGCAGCAGUACGAGCGCCAACGUUAAGCAGAAACGUGUAGCCCUAUUAAAUGCCGACGAAGUGGAUGCGGACAGUUGGCUGGUCGAUGAUGUGGGACCAGAGCGUAAACGCAAGCGCUACAAUUCCGGCAGCUUGAGCAGUCGCGCAGUUGGCGCAAAGGAGAAUCUGCACGACUCGGCGCUGGCCUGGGAAACGGAAUUUCAGGCCACGCCGCCUGAACAGGAUGCGCAUCAAGUGCUAAUCGAGGCAGCCAAUUCCAAGCAGCGCCAGAAGCAAAUGCGUAAGCUAACGCUCUCGCGUUCCUCCAGCAUGAACAGCAAUCACAGUGGCAGCAACUCCAGACAGUCCAAACAGCAGACAUCGCUGCUGGACAGUGGCUUCUGUCGCUUUCGUAGCGAAAGUCCUUUGGGCAGCGGCGAGGAUUCCCUGGAUGGCGCAUCAGUGAUAAGUUUGCGCACGCACGCGGAACCGGAUUCCACAACCUGCAGCGCGCAGAGCGGCGGCAUACAGCUGCUCAUCUCGCCCACCAAAUUGUCGUCGCCUAUUAAAGUGCAGGCAACGCCUGUGCUGGCCACCACAGUGUCCUUCAAAGUCAAAGUACAGGACGAGCUGCUGCUUGUGCCCGUCGAGCGUAAGAAGCUGCAAGACGUCAACAUGCGCUGGCUAGCCGAAGAGACAGGACGGCGUUACAAUAAAUUAACUGGUCUAACGCCUUUGCUGCGGCUGAAAACGUCUGACGGCUUUGCAUACGAGGAUUCGGAUGCUGUAUGCGUCGCCCUUGAGCAGAACAUGCUGUUGUCCACCAUUCUAGAUUGGAAAAUAUCACCGCUCUCGCAACGCUACGAGGAGAUGUGCCAUCAAUUGCACAAAGGGGUCGAUGAUAAAAUAAAGCUACUGCUGGAGCGUUCACAAAAUACACAAGCACUGGAGCUGGCUGGUCUUUGGCUACGUGAAGCGCAAACGGAGCCGGUGUUCAAGGCAUUGUUGCACCAGGCGCGUCUCACGGUGCUGGAUUUGUCCUGUAACUUCAUUGGCAACGAGGGCUGUCAGCAGCUGGCCAAGGCACUGCCGACAUUGCUGCAGCUGAAGACGCUGCGCUUGAGGUGCAAUGCCAUAAGCAAUGCGGGUCUGGAUGCUCUGCUCUGCGGGCAUGACAUGGACAAGCUGGAUAAUUUAGAGGAACUGCAGCUAAGCCAAAAUCCGCUGGGUAAUGCAAGUCUAAGAACACUGCACAGAUUUUGCGCGAGUGGCGCUGGGCGAGCUCUGAACAGCUUGCAUCUGUCGCAGUGCGAGCUAACGGAGCUGCAGGACUUUGAUUUGGCCUACACGCAACUGACCACCUUUGACAUUAGCUUCAAUCAGCUAACGCUGCAGAGUGUGCGCAGGUUGUCGGAGCAGCUGAAUAGCAGUCGCUUGGAGAACUUGAAUCUGAGCUACGUGCGCUGGCCCCUUGAUGAGCAGAGCGGCUUUGCGCUCGGUGAGCAUUUGGUGACGCUGCUCGAGAGCGGCACAAGUGAGAGAUUUGUGCGCUUGGAAUUCGCCGGCUGUGGGCUGAUCGAUGCGCAUAUUUAUAAGCUAACGCAGCAGCUAAACAAGGCGAAACAGCUGGAAUGGUUGGACAUAAGCGAUAAUGAGCGUUUGAGUGGCGCUGCCCUAGGCUACGUGCUGGACGAGCUGCCGCAGCUGCGUGUGCUCUUGGCCACGAAUUGUAUACGCCUGCUGGACGAUCUGCGAUUACAGAAGUUGGAGCAGCAGAAACAGUUGCCCAAGCGCAUGGAUCUCAGCAUAGAUGAGCAGACAUUCAGCUUGGCAGGCGCCUUGGCCACAUUAAUAGACAUUUGGCAGCUGAAAUGGGGCGACAAUGCCAAGGUGCUGACGCCCAAGCGCAAGAAGGGUCCGCUAAAGCUGUACGUGGACGAAAGUGAUCUGCUUUGGUGCGCUUGAUUAUGUUUUGUUAUUGUGUUUAAAGUCCCAAUUGUUUAUACCUG